UAACACAACAUUCCUAAUUUGCAUUCAAAUCAAUUUUUUGGCAUAAGGAUAUGAAUGAUCUGAAAAACUAUAUUAUGACUUUGAAAUUGCUUCAAAUUUAAAAUUUCUAGAGAAAAAUCUUGAUUCAUAGGCUUGAAUGCGGUUUUUGGAUUAUGUGGUGCACACAACAGCUGAUGUGAUGGCUGUCGACAACAAAGCAAUUCCAAACUAAUACACUGAAAUGUCUAAAAUGAAGAUUAGAAUGAGAAUAAUCAAUGUGAAUAAAGUGUGUAGGACCUGUUUAAGUGAACGGGGCCAUUUAAGGGAGAUUUUCCCGACAAAGUUGCCAAAAAUGAUGGAAAAUUGUGCUUCAAUACAGGUAUGUGAGGAUGACGAGCUUCCACCCCACGUUUGCAUCACAUGUUUUCAUUUAAUUGCAAAGUUUUACACAUUUAAGAAGAAAAUGGAACGGAGCGAUAGGAUUUUAAGGACGUACCUAAAACAGAAUAAAAUGAAACAAAAGGAUAUCCUAGACAUAGCGAUCAGCGAAGCCCAGAUUGAACAAUCUAACAAUGAAGAUUUUGGCGAAGUUAGUGAAGAAGACAUUCCAUUAAGCAAGCGUCAAGUGAAGAAAAGUGCGCGUUUGAUGAGGAAAAGUAAAGUCAAAGCUAACAAAAUGAUCGACGACUUUAUCAAAGACGACAAAGGCAAUGUCAUCUCGGAAGAAAGCGAGUAUUCCAUCGAGUUUGUUAAAGUGGAGGAAGACCAGCAGCAAGCCCUAUCAAGUUUCCCCGACGGUCCUCCACCUCUAGUCCCCUUAGAACCCACCAAAAGAGCCGACAAUAACGAAGCUCCAGUCAUGAAAACUCUACCAGAGGACCCUCCGCCCCUAAUCCCCAUCAAACCAAUCCUAAUCCCCGAUAAAAUCCUAUCAAACGUCAUCGACCCCCUCGAAAUAACCGUCAACUGUACCAGUUGUAACCAACAGUUCAACUCCUUAUCCGCAUUGAAAGACCACAAACUGAACGAUUGCAAGCAAAAGAACCUCAAGUGCAACAUAUGUCGUAAAGAAUUCAAAGAACGCAAACGUCUAAUUGGCCAUUUGAAAGGUCACAUGGUCGCUAAAGAUUACGGUUGCAAAAUCUGCGGGAAACGUUACCCUAAUCCCAGCACAUUUCGAGUCCACAUGCGCACACAUACGGGAGAAAGACCCUUCAAAUGCCAAAUCUGCAACAAGGGUUUUGUCCGGUGGGCCGGCGUCGUAGGGCAUAUGCGGACCCAUCAAUCCCACAAACCCUACAAGUGUGACACUUGCGGCAAGGGUUUCAAAAUUUCAUCAAACUUAGAACGCCACAAGGUUCUACAUGCGGAAAGUCUGCCCUACUGUUGCAAUUAUUGCGGGAAAACGUUUAGUCAGUCUGAUAAUUUGCAAUUACAUAUUCGGACCUACCAUACGAACGAACGGCCCUACCUUUGCAACGAGUGCGGAAAAGGAUUUGUGAGCUCUACAAGGUUGAACAGACACAUGUGGGUGCAUACAGGGUACAAGCCUUAUCGUUGCAAAGCUUGUCCUAAGGCGUAUUCAAAUUCAAACGAUUUAAAAAACCACGAAAGAUACCAUUUGGGGAAUCCUAACGAAGGUGAUAAACCCUAUGUUUGUAAAGUCUGCGAGAUGAGGUUUUAUCAUCCUUGUAGACUGAAUAAACAUAUGAAAACUCACGAGAGGCCGUUUUCGUGCUCUAUUUGUUUCAAGAGUUUCAAUUCUAGUGCUUUAUUGACUAAACAUUUGACGGGGAAAAAAAGUGUACAUUUGGUGCAAAUGGAAGAGGUGCAGCAGGAUCACGAGGGUGUUAAUCAAUUUUUUUCGGAAUAUUGAACACAAAUCAAAGGAGAGAUCAAGGACAUUGAUUUUUUAAAUGGUUGCUACUACGUUGUAGUUUCGAUAACAUUCCAUAAAUCUGCUAAAUGGUACCGGUUUUAGAAACAAAUCAAGUAAUUAGAUGUAACACUAGCACACCCCCGCAGCGAUCAUAUUUUAAUAAGUAGCAUUUUUAGGCAAACUUUUACGAUUAUUGUAUAAAAUAGACUUUUAUAUUUCAAUUCGUCAAUAAACUGGAGGAAUUUUAAA